AUGUCGCGUUCUCUCCUCUCGCACGGCAUACCUCCCUGCCUGCCGCGAUUCGCGGGCAGCACGCCGCUCAGUCGGCACCUUAACGGUCAACGACAGCCCUCGCUCGAUCCGUCCCCGCGUCGCUCUCGCCGCUCCUCCCGCGGCAUCUCAGCGUCCCCCUUGCAGCCGUCGUUGCGCCCAUCCGCUCAUUCCAAGUCGAGCCAAUCCAGCACUCACCGACACAGUCUCCGUACCCGCUGGUCCCUUCUCGCCAAUCCUUCGCGAAUUCGCAUCGGGCUUCACGAAAAUGGCUCUCGCCGCGCCGUCGCGACGGCGUCACACGGCGACGGAGGAAAGGAGUCGUUCGGCGGCGAGCGCGUAACGACGCCUGCUGCGACGAGCGGCGAUACCAAUACGAGCAGCGGGGGUUGCAAUGAAACGGCUAGGGGCAGUGACAGCAGCGAAAGUAGCACUAGUAACGCGGCGCCACGGGGCCAGGAUGCAGGUUCUUCGCAUCCAUCCCCGCUUCAAGCCUCCUCGCCACAAGCAGCAAUCCUCGAUACUCGCCCAGAUCUCACAAACCACCCCGCCAGUCCCUCCCCCCCUUCCGCCAUCUCCCCGCCCACUUCCGCCUCGCUUCCUCCGCCCAGCUUCCCCGCGUGGUACUUCUCCUCGCGCCACGUGGCAGCGCACUACUUCGUCAACCUCGACACGGGCCUGUCGGAAUCCGACGUGGCGCGGCGGCGAGCAGCGCACGGGUGGAACGAGCUAGACCGACCAGCAGGCACGCCGUUCUGGGACCUAGUCUUGGACCAGCUCAACGACACACUCGUUCGGAUCCUCGUCGCCGCCGCCGUGGUGUCGCUCGCGCUGGCCGUGGCGGAGCAGGGCGGGAUAGGGGGCGCGGGAGGCGGAGGCGGAGGGGGCGGAGGGGGGCUGGCGGGGUACACGGAGCCGGUGGUGAUAGUGGCGAUCGUGGUGCUGAACGCGCUCAUCGGCGUGUGGCAGCAGGUGCAGGCGGAGCAGUCGCUGCAGGCGCUCAAGGAGCUGCAACCGCAGACGGCGCGAGUGAGGCGGGCCGCUGUUCCUGUGGUGAACAUGGAGGGAGGCCAAGGCGGCCGGGACGACGACAGUGACGCACCAGCAGCGAAAUCAGCAGCAGCAGCGCCAUUCAUAACGGUGCCAGCGCGAGAGCUGGUGCCGGGGGACGUGGUGGAGGUGCGGGCGGGCGACCGCGUGGCAGCAGACAUGCGCAUUGUUGCGGUGGUGAGCGGUUGUGUGCGGCUCAACGAGUCCACGCUCACUGGGGAGAGCGAACCCCAGGUGAAGCAGACCGAGCGGGUGGAGCGGAGGCGAGGAGGAGGAGAAGAGAGUGUGGAGGAAAGCCGGUGGGACGACAGCAGCAGCAGCAGCAGCAGCAGCAGCGACGAUCUGGCAGUUGCGAGGACGAUCCAGUCAAAGGCCAACACGGCAUUUGCUGCUGGUGGGCGCAGCGAGGAGGAGGCAGCAGCGCAGCAGGCAGAUUGGGACAGCAGCAGCAGCGAUGGCAGCGACGGCAGCAGCAGCGGCAGCAGUGACGGCCUGGAAAUCCAGGCAAAGGACAACAUGGCGUUUGCAGGCACGACAGCAGCGACUGGGUCGUUCAUCGGGGUGGUGGUGGCCACGGGCAUGGCCACCGAGGUGGGGCGCAUCCAGGCGCAGAUCACAGCAGCAGCAGCGGAGGAGGCGGCGUACGACACACCGCUGUCGCGCCGCCUGGACGAGUUCUCCACGGCGCUCACCCAAGCUGUGGGCGCCAUGUGCGUGGUGCUGUGGGCGGUGAAUUUCGACCGGUUUGUGGCGUGGGACGCCGUGGGGAGGACUCUCGUGUUUAAUGCGCAGCAGGCAACGUUCUAUUUCAAGGAAGCAGUGGCGCUGGCGGUGGCAGCAAUUCCCGAGGGGCUACCAGCAGUGAUCACCACGUGCCUGGCGCUGGGCACACGGCGCAUGGCAGACGCGCACGCUAUAGUCCGACGCUUGCCGUCCGUUGAGACACUCGGGUGCACCACCGUGAUCUGCUCCGAUAAGACCGGCACGCUCACGACCAAUCAGAUGGCGGUCGCCAGCCUGGCAGUGCCACGUGGCGCUGACGGGGACGUGCGGUGGUAUGACGUGUCGGGGACCACGUAUGACCCGGGGGAUGGGGAGGUGGUGGGUUGGAGAGGGGGAGGGAGACGGGAAGGAGAGGGAGGAGGAGGCGGGGGAGGUGGAGGAGGAAAAUCAAUUUUGAGUGAGGGGAGUGCGAGUGAGGGGGGUGCGAGUGAGGGGGGUGGGAGUGAGAGGGGUGGCAGUGCGGAGGCGGGAGUGUGGAGUGUGGCGGCCAUCAGUGCGCUGUGCAACGACAGCAGCAUCACGGCCACCAAGGGGCGCUACGCCUGCUCUGGCAUGCCCACUGAGGCCGCCCUCAAGGUGCUGGCGGAGAAGCUGGGCGUGCCGAGCGCGGAGCAGCAGGUGCGGAUAGAGGCGGCACGCAGAGGGGGUGGGGUGGCAACUGGGGAGGCGAGCUCCCUGAGCCUGGCGAGUGGGUACUGGGAGCAGCGGUGGGCGCGCGUGUGCACUCUGGAGUUCGACCGCCUCCGCAAGUCCAUGAGCGUGCUCGUCUCACCUCUGGGCGGCCAAGUCGCGGCCGUGCAGCAGCGCGGGGCACUGGCGGAAGGCGGGGCAGUGGGGGAGGAGAUUAGAAGCCCUGGGGAGAAGGAAGAGGGGGGGUUGUGCGGCGCAGGCAACAGGCUGCUGGUGAAGGGAGCAGCAGAGUGCGUACUCACGCGCUGCUCCUCUCUGCAACUCCCCUCGGGCGCCAUUGUCCCUCUCAACCCCUCCGCGCGUGCUCGUCUGAUUCACAGCAUAGCAGCCAUGGCCUCCCAGGGCCUGCGCGUGCUGGCCUUCGCCUUUCGAGAUCACCUCCCCCCUGCUCUUGCAGGUUUGCGUUUGAAUGGGCGGGAUGGGGGCGAAGGGAGCAAGGGAGGAGGUGAAGGGAACAGGGAAGGGGCGCAGGGGGAUGUAGAGACGGGGGGUGAGGUACGGGGGAGUGGGGAGGGGUGGAGUGAGGAGGUGAGGCGGUGGGUGGAGGAUGGGAGCCGGUAUGAGGAGCUAGAGAGCGAGCUCACGUUUGUGGGGCUGGUGGGGAUCCGAGACCCGCCCAGGCCUGAGGUGCCGGGGGCCAUAGCAGCGUGCACGAGUGCGGGCAUGCGCGUGAUUGUCAUCACUGGGGACUCGGGGGCCACUGCUGAUGCUGUUGCGCGGCAGAUCGGGCUGUUUGGGCGCAGUGGUGGUGGUGGUGGGGAGAGACACGGUGACAUGCACAGCAAAACGGAUCCGGCCCGGCAUUCGUACGCAGCGGCAGAGUUCGUUGGGCUGCCAGAAGAGGAGCAGCUGAGGAUCCUGGGAGGGCGGCCAGAGGGGACACACGGCACAGGCGGGGAGAGAGGUGGGGAUAGGAGCAGCGGAAGGGCGAGGGGCGGCAAUCUGGUGUUCUGGCGGGCGGAGCCGGCACACAAGCAGGCAGUCGUGAGGGCGCUGCGGGCGCAGGGCGAGGUGGUGGCGAUGACGGGUGAUGGGGUGAACGACGCCCCUGCUCUCAAGCUGGCUGACAUUGGGAUCGCCAUGGGCGCUACUGGCACUGAGGUGGGUGGGGAGGGGUGA